CUACUCCCAGAUUUUUGUGGCUCUGCGUUACAACUUACAGUGCCAGUUAAGGGACUACUGAUCCAGUGAUCCAUGGCUGCCAUAACUUUGACAACAUAAUCUCAAACACAAAACAAACCCUGUAUCAUCUCCUGUCUCAGUUCAACCCCACAAAGACACUAGAGUAACUCAGCAGUUCUACUAGUUAAACAAUAAAAAUGAUCAUAACCAGAACAUUUGCCUCCACCACAAUCCCUCCAAAAAUUCUCAACCCACCUCCACCACUUCCAGAUCAACUCACGAGGCGUCACAUACUCACCUCUCUCACCAUCUCAGUCACCCCAUUCUUCACUCCCCCUCAACCCCACUUAUCAACUCCUCCUUCUCAUGCUCGUGGUCUCUUCCAAAUGCCCCCGCCUCGCCUCACCAAUAGGUACUUUUUGGUUAGAGCUGGGGAAUCUGAGUUUGAGAGUGUGGGGAUAAUUAAUACUAAUCCUGUUGCGAAGACAUCCAUGGAUAAUGGGUUAUCUGAGAUUGGUAAAAAACAGACUAUAAGGGCUGCCUUGGCUUUGAGGGAAAUGGGGGCUUGCGAUAGGAGUUGUUGGAUUUGGCCUUCGAUUACUCAGAGGGCUUAUCAGGCUGCUGAGGUUAUUGCUGCUGUUAAUAAGAUUAAUCGAAGUAAUAUAGUUCCAGAAUACAGCUUCUUGGAUGCUCGUGGCUUAGGAGCGUAUGAGGGAAAGAAUUUGGAAUCUAUUUCUGAAAUUUACGCUUCAGACAACCUCUCCCCAAAUAUCAAGCCGCCUCCCACUAAUGACGGUACACCAAAUGAGAGUGUUGCAGAUGUGUUUGUCCGUGUAACACAACUCAUGUCAAUUCUUGAAACUCAGUACUCAGAGGACACCGUAAUCAUUGUUUCACCUGAUUCUGACAACUUAACAAUUUUACAAGCAGGCUUAGUCGGGCUUGACCUUCGAAGGCAUAAGGAACUCUAUUUCAGCCCCGGUGAAGUUAGGUUCGUUGAUACAAGUAGCAUCCCGACUUAUAAACAACCUGCAUCUGCCGUGUACAAGUGCUUAAACCCACCAAGUUGUACUUAAAAAUUCUCCCGUGGUAACAAUCCCCAUUUACCAAGCAUAAUGCCCUCAACAUUCAUCGCGUAUAGCAGAUAGAUGUAAUUGUUACGCCAUGUACAGUUUUAUACCGAUCAUCGAGUUAUGUUUCUGUUCUUAUAGGUUACAAACAACAUAAAUUGCCAGGGUUCUUCUUUCCCUUCUUUUACCAUGCUGCUUGUUGUGGACUUGUGGUACGCAAGCUUUCCCA